AGGGGGGAGAGAGGAGAGGCUUACGUUUGGGUAAGGAAGAGAGUUGUCAAUAUCACUUUUGAGAGAGGGGAAUCGGAGAUGGUUAAGAAGCAGACGGCGUUGAACAGCUGCCAGCGUGGCAGCUGUAAGAUGCAGAAUGAUGGGCAGGAGAAAAGAAUGGACAUCACUAUCGGAGACUAUUCUCACGACAAUGGAGGGAUAAGAGUGGAGAGAGAGUGGAGGAGGGAAAAGAAACAGAUAACAACAAUAAUCGUGGGUGUGGUGGAAAGAAGGGAAGCGUGCGAGUGUCCAUAA